AUGACGAACCCUCCACCAACCCUCCUGACACUCCCCGUCGAAAUCCGCAGCAGCAUCUUCUAUCUCGCCCUGCUGAACACACCAGAGGUUUGCGCCCCCGAGCCUCCCUACCGUCAUUCUCUCGACCUCUCCCUCCUAUCCACGAAUCGACAGGUCUACUACGAAACCCGCACCAUCCCGCUCGCUCUCCAUCAUGUCGGCAACCAAUACGAUCCCCAAGUCAACUUCUUGUCUUCCCUACGCCUCCGUCCAUUCCAGAUAGCGGCCUUGAAAACCUUAGUUAUCGAGUCCCUCUAUCCUGGUCACCUGACAAAUUUCUUGGCGCUCGGCAAAGACAAUGGAUAUCUCUUCGGUGAAGAAGCGCUUGGACUUGAUCUGCUGAUAUACGCGGAAGAUUGGAUUGUAAAAGGCGCUCGGCGGUGGCGUUAUACCGCUUCUCCAGAAGCUGUUCACGAUCAUCUCCCAAAGUCCAGUAGAUGGCUGAGGGCCUUGUGUGGAUUGAAAGGGUGGAAACGAUUGGAGAUCGUUUUCGGCACCAGAGAUUUGGUGAACGAGUAUUGGGACCGUGGUGGGUUUAUGCAGACUUUGUUCGAUGAUUUCAGAUCACGCUUGGGAGAUCUUGACGACGGCUUCACGAUAUGGCACGAAGGUCGAGAUGUACCGAGUGAGAAGAUCGUUGUGCUGAGAACAAGAGAGCUCGGGAGAUACAAGCAGACUGAAUGGUGGAGGGCAGACGUUGGGAGAUUGAUGGAUGGAAGCGAGUGCGUCUUGCGUGGAUCUAUGGAUAUAAAUGAAGACGAUGGAGGAGGAAGGCCAGGUUUUCAUGUCCAGGAAAGGUGUGGGGUUCCUGGGAAUAGGAAGAAUCACUGCACGAGGUGUCAGCCGGGUUGCGGAUGCUAUACAACCCAGCGGUAA